CGUCUUCGUAAGUGAAGAUGUGAAUAAUUUUAUAUACCCUUUUUUAUGUAUGUUUAAUUUAAUGCUCAUAAAUCAAUACAAAUGCGUAGUUCGUAUUUUAAGCCACAAAAUGGCUCAAACUACAAAUACACCAAGUUAAAAGCUUCAAGUCAGUUUAAGACUGAUUCACCAAGCUCUGCAAUGUCCCAGAAGCCCCAGAAAAAUGCCCAAACUGCACAUUACAUCGAGCUGGGAGGCUACCAGUACUGGCCUGUACUGGUGCCCAGAGGCAUCAGACUGUACACGUACGAACAGAUCCCGGUUUUCCUGAGAGAAAAUCCAUACAUCACCGACGGAUACAGAGCCUACCUGCCAUCCAGGUUGUGCAUCAAGAGCCUCUUCAUCCUAUCCAAUGAGACAGUGAAUAUCUGGAGCCAUCUGUUGGGCUUCCUGCUCUUCUUCUGCGUCGGCGUGUACAACAUGGCGUCAGUGCUGCCCUCCAUCAAUGCCUCCAGGGAGGAUUAUGUCAUCUACUCCAUCGGGCUGUUCUGCUUCCAGCUGUGCAUGCUCUGCUCCGUGGGUUACCACCUGUUCUGCUGCCACCGCUCGGAGAAGACCAGCCGCCGCUGGAUGGCGCUGGACUACGCCGGCGUUUCCAUCGGCAUUCUGGGAUGCUACGUUCCAGGAGUGUUUUACACUUUCUACUGUAACAAUUACUGGCGGCAGGUUUACCUGGUGACGGUCCUGGCCAUGAUCCUGGCCGUCUUCUUCGCCCAGAUCCAUCCUCUCUACCUCAGUAAGCAGUGGAAGCAGCUGCGCUCGCUCAUCUUCUGCUCCGUGGCCGGCUACGGCCUCAUCCCGACGCUCCACUGGAUCUGGAUCACCGGAGGAUUCUCCUCACAACUCGUCCAGGAUUUUGUUCCACGGAUCCUCGGGAUGUACUUCAUCGCAGCGUUGGCAAUUAUUUUCUAUGUUUCGAAGGUUCCGGAGCGAUAUUUCCCAGGUCAACUGAACUACCUGGGCUCCAGCCACCAGGUGUGGCACCUGCUGCUGGUUCUGAUGUUCUACUGGUGGCACCAGUCGUCGGGUUUCAUCAUGGCGUACAGACACAGUCAGACGUGUCCCGCCGCUCCGCCGCACACCUAGUCCACAGCGCGACACGCCGAGUUUCUGAACGAACGACCUUUGACCCGGUGGCUUGGAUUUCACUUGUGAUGAGGAGCCAGAUGACCAGCGGCGUUGCAGCACAGGAAGCGAGGUGACGUGAACGCAUCAUAAAAAUCACCAACAGGAAUAAAUUAACAGGAAGCUCCUGCACUUCCUGGUUCUCCAAGUGCCUGUAAAUGAUGUAGCAUCAAAUGUUUCUGAAUGGGGAAACUUACAUCUGCUGAUGUAAGUUUGAUAUGUUUUUAACAAUAUCAAGAAGCAAAAAGUGAGCAUGUUAAAGCAAUUAAAACCCCAAAGACUUGUUGUUCUGCAGCUCAUAUUAGCAGGAAGUAAUGAGCAGCUCUGCCUCUGGAGGUCACUACUGAGACACAGCAGUAAUUUAAGCGGCAGUAUUAAAACCACAUUCUCUGUCCUUUUAUAUUCAUUGUUUUAAUCCUUUAUUUGGUUCAUAUGUGAGGAUUUAUUGGGGAGUAGACAAGAGACAAAAAAAUCAGUGUUUCCAGAUGUGAUACUGUAAAAUAUGAUGUUCUAGCUCCCUUAGGGUGAUGUGCAAUGUUUUACUGUUUUAGUAUUUUAAAUGACUUCAUUCCAAAAUGCAGCACCUACAUGUUAAACCAGCUUUUAUGUACAUUAUAUGAAUGUUUUAUCUAUCAAAAACAUUUGGUUAGAUUUAGACUUCAAAUUUGGCCUCAGCAAAAAAAAUAUAUAUGUAAAGAAUAUGUUAUAUUAGUCUCCUAAUUAUGAUUAUUGCCUUAAAACAAACCAUUAGAUCUUUAGAGAGGAAAGAGCGCAAACGCACGAGACACUGGCUGUUACAAACAUAUAAAAUAGAAGCAAAAACCUUUAACUAAAUGCAAAUGAAAGGAAGUGGAAACAAAAUGGGAGAAUUCCUUAAAAAUAACUAAAUAUUAAAAGCUUUCUCCAUGAAAACAGAAGUGCUCCAGACCAAUUGGUCAAGCUGUAAAUAAAUGGGAAUCUCACUCAAAUUUGGAGGCGACGAUUGAAGAGCUGAAAAAGAAUAAGUCUCUACACUCAUUCAGGCAUUUUUAGUAAAUAUUUUUCUUUAAAAUUUCAAAAGUCUUAAAGUGAUUUAAUAAGUUAAAUGGUAGCAAACUCAUUUUGGAAUGAAAUUUGAUACUGUUUUUAAAUUAUUAAUGGACUUAAACUGUACUGUUUGUACAUUUGUCUUUUAUAUCUGUGUAAAUGAGACUUUUUGUUCCAUUUUGGUUAUGAAAGGAGAAGCUGUGUAGCUACGUUUGUUUUUAAGGCUGUUUAAUACAAUGUGCUUCACAUGUUUGUUUAAUAAACUGUUCAAUAAAAUCCAACAAACUGG